AUGGCUCCGACGCACCACGUCUGCUCCGCGGGAACAGAAAUAUUAGCAAUUGGAUUUACAAGAAGGAUAGGAGACGUGGAUGAAGGCUCCACUGUCACCGACUUCCUUCCUGCUGAGCGCGCUCGAGGAAUUACGAUUCAAUCGGCCGCUAUCACCUUCCAUUGGCCACCUCAAACUGCCGGUGAUGGAAAUACAACUCCGCAGGAGCCACAAACGCCAAGGUCUGCGUCAUCUCAUACCGUGAACCUCAUUGACACCCCUGGACACGCGGACUUCACUUUUGAAGUCAUGCGAUCCUUGCGCAUUCUUGAUGGCGCGGUAUGCAUUCUAGACGGUGUUGCUGGUGUUGAGGCUCAAACAGAGCAAGUGUGGCACCAAGCAAGUACCUACCGGAUUCCCCGGAUUGUUUACGUGAACAAGCUUGACAGAGAUGGGGCAGCCUUUGGCCGGACGGUCCGAGAGGUUGCCUCCCGACUGGGUGGAUGGCCUGCCGUCUGUCAAAUACCUUGGUUUGAAGGAGGAAAUGGACGUUUUACUGGCAUUGCCGAUGCUAUCAAUCUCCAAGGCCUCCGCUGGGAGGAAGGAGACGGCAAGUCUGUCAAGAUGUUCAACCUUGAACAGUUGGCUAGCGAAGAACCUCAGCUUGCACAGGAACUCAAGCGCGCGAGAGUUGCCCUCGUUGAACUGCUGAGUGAGCAUGAUGAAGCCAUGGUGGAGAAGUUCUUCGACUGUGAAGAGGACCAUUUGGCAGUCCCCCCGAAUGACAUUCUGGAGAGUCUGCGCAGAUGCCUCCUAGAGGAGCAGGGAAGGAAAAUCAUUCCCAUUUUCGCUGGUGCUAGCUUUCGAAACAUUGGUGUCCAGCCUCUUCUCGACGCUGUGACGAAUCUACUCCCUAGCCCUCCUGAGACUCCUGACCCAGAGGUCAGCAUUGGUGGAGUUAAGGGUGGCCUCCGACGCCUGCUUUCUGGCGAUCUACUAGUUGAACAAGGCGAGAAGGCAGCUUCUGCUAAGGGUAAGCACAAGAAGAAGUCGGCCAUUCAAGCAGAGUCCCGCAACGCCAUUGAAAAGCUCCAAGGCUGCGCCCUAGCCUUCAAGGUCGUCAACGACCCCAAGCGUGGUGUCCUAGUGUACGUCCGCGUCUAUUCCGGCUCGCUCGACCGAAACAGCAUCCUAUACAACACCAACCUAAAUGUAUCAGAGCGGGCCCCCCGUCUGCUAAAGAUGUAUGCGAAUGAUGCCGUCGAGGUCGACUCCAUUCCCGAAGGCCACAUCGGAGUCGUAGCUGGUCUCAAACACACCCGAACUGGAGACACCCUAGUUACCUACUCCGGCAACAAAGCCACACCCCCCGAACCUCUCAACACCCUCCAACUCCGUCCGAUCACCGUCCCACCCCCCGUCUUCUUCGCCAGUGUCGAACCCCACAGCCUAAGCGAGGAGAAAAGACUCCAAGAGUCUCUCGCGAUGCUCCUCCGCGAGGAUCCCAGUCUCCACGUCACCGUCGACGAAGACUCAGGCCAAACCCUCCUCAGCGGCAUGGGCGAACUGCACCUCGAGAUCGCCCGAGACCGCCUCCUCAACGACCUCAAAGCCAAAGCCUCCAUGGGACGCAUCGAAAUCGGCUACCGCGAAUGCCCCCUCGGCGCCUCCGGCCCCAUAACCAGGAUCUUCGACAAGGAAAUCGCCGGCCGCAAAGGCAAAGCCGGCUGCACCGCAACCGUCGAGCCCUUCGACCCCGAGGAGACCACCACAGAACCCGACCCAUCGACCCUCUCCAUCCAAACCACAGACGGCAACCAAAUCGUCAUCCAAGCACCAGGCCUCGAAGUCGAAGUCAACAAAAAGGGCAUCGAAGAGAGUCCCCUCCUACCCCCAGGCCUAGACGUACACGCCCUCCGCACAGCCCUCCAAAACGGGUGUCUCGCGGCACUCGCCCGCGGUCCUCAAUUCACCUUCCCCAUGCACGGCACCCGCGUCACCCUCACCUUCAACCCAGCCGAACACCUUUUCGGCAACGAAUCCACCCCCUCGGCACUCUCCGCCGCAGCCCGUCUCGCAACCUCCUCCGCCCUCCGAGACCUCCCCUCCGGAGCAGGCACAUCCCUCAUGGAACCAGUCAUGAACGUCAUCAUCAGCGUAGACGAAGCCAGUCUCGGCGCCGUGGUACACGAUAUCUCUUCCUCCCGCGGGGGCCACAUCAUCUCGCUGGACGAGGAAACACCCCUCCAAACGACGGAUAUCACCUCAAACCCAACAGACGACCUUCUUCCCCCCAUCGACCCGAACAAGGUCUACGCCCCGCCUGAUCCCUUCCAGUCAUCAACCGUGGGAAUCGACCUCCCCUCGUCGGCUAACAGACCCCGAACUAUCACGGCAAAGGUCCCCCUCAAGGAAAUGGUCGGAUAUCUCAAACACCUGCGAAGUUUAAGCGCGGGGCGCGGCACGUUCGUCAUGAGCGUCGAUCGGUUCGAGAAGAUGAGUGCGCCGAGACAGAAGGCUGUGCUUGCUGAGCUCAGAGGUGACUUUUUCUAA